UUUUUUUCCUUGUAUAUUAAUUAUAUAAAAUUUUUGAUUUACUAAUAAUUUGAAAAAAAUCUUUUUUUAUAAAAAAAUCAUAAUUUAUGUAUAGGCUUUUUAAAUUUUAUGUUAACAAUGAGUCAAACCAAUAAUAAUAACAAUAACAAUCGCCACCGACAUCAUUCUUCGGCAUUUCAUCCAUAUGCUUCAACCACAGAAGUAUUAUUAACGGCAAAUGAUAUACAUUAUGGAAACAAUAAUUCUUCAGGAUCUUCCAGGUCUCCAAUGUCAACUUUUUUUGAUCCUAGUAGAGCAAAUACAAAUAUUAACUCUAAUGAUGUUCAAAUACUCAACACUCCACCACGUCGAAGAAAUAAUAAUUCUCCUAAACCGCCAAUAUUAUCUGGUCAUGCAAGAGAUCUUGAAGAUUCUCACACAUUAAUUUGUGCCGAUUGUGAUGAAUUAUUACAUGAAAAGUUAUGGGCUUUAAGUAAUUGUGGACACGUAGUAUGUGGUUCUUGUGUAGAUAAAUACAAAUAUUCGGAAAAGAAAAAAUUUCCAUGUCCAAGUUGCAAAAAGACAGUAAACUCAAAAAAUAUACUACCACUAUAUGUGUAAUAUAAAAUGUUUUCUCAUCAAUUUCAAAUAUUUGCAUAAAUGAAACAAAUUAUUACAUUCUCUAUUUCGCCACGGAUUCCAUUUUUUUUUUAAUUAAUAAUUAUUUUAGUAAUUUUAGUCCUUUUUAUUAUUAUAAUCAUUUGUGAUAAAAUUCGGCUGUAAAAUCAUAGGUUAUUUGAAAAAAAGGAAUGAAGUUGCAAGAAUAAGAAGAUUUAUUUGGUGUGAAAAUAACAAAAAAC